AUGUGGAAAGCUGCCCUUCCCACCAGUUCGGCGGCUGAAUUCCCGCUCCUGCGGACCAGCCGCUGUUUAAGUUGCCAAUUCCGCAAUCCAGCGACACUAUCCCAGCUACAGUCCAAAACCCUCUCCCUGCGCCAAUAUUCUAGCAAGGUUGAAAAGCCUAGCCCCGCAAAGAAUCCUGCCCCCGUGCCGCGAACCCGAGGCGAGGCACCGUAUCGCUUGUCAACUGCCACCGAAUUCACACAGAACUCGCCCUCCAAAGAUGGCCCUCAGCCCGGCGAUGCAGAUUUCGUUCCUCCGAGACUAGACCGACCAAUCGGUAGUCCGGAAGUGCCGCUAGAAGGGCAGAACACAGGCAUUGACACGCGGUCGAUGCGCCAGCGGCGCGACGAUUUCACCAACUAUGACCGGCACAUCAAGCGGCGCAAGGAACUAACAAAGCAAGUCGCCAAACCGUAUUUCCGUGAAUGGUCGAAUCUCCGCUUCGCCGAGGGCAAGACCUUCAUUUCGAACCCGCGCCUGUUCAAAGCCGACAGAGCCCUAUACUUCCCCAAUAUGCACGGAGUAACGCUUGCAUCGCCGAAGGAUCCGCAGAACACAACGACGCAGCUGCGCGGCAGCAUCUCGGUGGUGAACCUGUUCUCGAGUGUGUGGGCCGAAAGCCAAGUUGCGACGUUUACCGGACCAGAACAGAACCCGGGACUGGUAGAGGCGAUGGCCAGCGGCGGGAGAUUGGUGCAGCGGAUUGAUAUCAAUCUCGAGGAGAACCGGUUGAAGGCGUUCCUGGUGAAGAAGUUUAUGUGGCGGAUGCGACAGAAAUUGGCUACGCAGCAGCAUUCACGGUACUUCCUUGUGCAAAAGGGCUUUGACCAAGCCCUCAAGGAGACUGUGGGUAUGAUGAACUCUAAGGUAGGCUAUGUCUACCUGGUUGAUUCGGAAUGCCGCAUCCGCUGGGCGGGUAGUGGACCGGCUAGCCCGGCUGAACUCGAGAGUCUUAAUGCUGGAUUGCGGAAACUUAUUGAAGAGAAGAAAGCUAUUCUCAAGCUGCAGGACCCAGCUCGCAAGUAUUGA